AUGGAUUCGUUUCCUAAUUCAACAACUGCAAUUUCAAGCAGCCAAGAAAAGGUUAGUGAAGUCAUGAGAAUUGUUUGUCCAGUCAUUGCAUUUUUAGUCCUUAUUCUUCUUAUACUCAAUUAUACCAUUAAACGCUGUCUCCUAAACAGCAGCAACUUUGAUCAUGAAACUUCGAUGAUAUCUGAUCGAGAAUUACAUGACUUUGUUCAUGUUACAAUAAUAGAUAGACCCGAAACCAUGAUGCAAAACACCCCCUGUUAUCCCCAAAAGGUUCUUAACCUAAACAAAGUAAUUCCAGGUCUUACUUAUUCAUCGUCAUUAUCGCUGGCUAAUGGUUCUUCUAAUUGUGAUGAGAAUUGUUCAAUAUGUCUAUGUGAACUUUCUAAUGGCGAGACAGUCAGGGUGUUGCCGAAGUGUAAACACAUUUUUCAUAAGGAGUGCAUCGAUGAAUGGUUGCCGUUUCGAUCAUUAAACUGUCCUAUUUGUAGAGUUCCAGUUAUUGAAGUAGACAACCAUGAACGGAGGGGCGGUGCUAACCGCACGAAUAGGGACAACUCUAGCCAUGAACGGAGGAGGGGUGCUAACCGCACGAACAGGGACAGCGCUAGUCCCAGUCACAGCAGCAGCAUCAAUAUUAACCCUUAUGGUUGGUCAAUGUCAUUUACAUCUGGAAUGCUUAAUUUAGAUCGUUGGAUUUAUCCUAAUACUCCGACUAUUAUGUAA